UGCUGGUAAUAGUCCGGGUGGGUGCAUACUCUGGAGCCGCCUGGCCCUGUUUCGGUCUCCGGAGUCUGCAGCCUGUGAAACAGGGCUCAGCCCUCCAGCUGCUGAUUAUAUACGAAAGAUACAUGUGCACAAACCAGGAUGUCGAAAACUGGAGCAGCGCUGCUGGAUUUGAAAAAAGCAAUCAGUGUUUGGUGCGUGGCAUUGGUUGAGAUCGCCCAGGCAGUUUCUCCUCUUGAAGCACGUUCAGACUUGAAGGUUGUCGGAGCACUUAGGACUUGGCUUGUGCGAUGGAUGCCGAAGUUGGUUUGGUAUUCCUUUAGAAUAUGUAAGAGCUAAGAUAAAAUCCAGACGUUUAGAAUGGCCCCUAAUAUUUUGGCCGCAGUUACUGAAUACAGACAUUGAAGCUUGGGACAAGAUAUUUAUCUAAUUUCUGUGGCUAAAUUAAAGAUCUGCCAUGACGCCGAAGAAAGAGACUGAGUUUGUCAUUUUCACCUGAAGGAAAAUGAUAGACGAAAACCAAACCUGUGGUGUGGGGCAGGAUCCCGUGCCCUACACGACGUGUCUGAUGCACGUGCUUGAAGACUGGUUUGGGGCGGAGCAAUUGGAGGAGUACUGGAGUUUUGCAAACUAUCUCUUGUGGGUUUUUACACCACUCAUACUCUUAAUUCUUCCUUACUUCACUAUCUUUCUUCUCUACCUUACUAUUAUUUUCUUACACAUUUAUAAGAGGAAGAAUGUAUUAAAGGAAGCUUACUCUCAUAAUUUAUGGGACGGUGCCAGGAAGACGGUGGCAACGCUGUGGGAUGGACACGCGGCCGUCUGGCACGGUUAUGAAGUUCAUGGGAUGGAAAAAAUACCAGAAGAAGGACCAGCACUGAUCAUUUUUUAUCAUGGAGCUAUUCCCAUCGAUUUUUACUACUUCAUGGCUAAAAUUUUUAUCCACAAAGGCAGAACUUGCCGAGUAGUAGCUGAUCACUUUGUUUUUAAAAUUCCAGGGUUUAGUUUAUUACUUGAUGUAUUUUGUGCUAUACAUGGACCAAGAGAAACAUGUGUUGAAAUUCUGCGGAGUGGUCACUUGUUAGCUAUCUCACCAGGUGGUGUUCGAGAAGCCCUGAUUAGCGAUGAGACCUACAACAUCGUGUGGGGUAAUCGUAAAGGCUUCGCUCAGGUUGCAAUUGAUGCAAAAGUGAUGAGGAAACUCAGGCACACAGAGAUGAAGGGAUGGAGGGACCCUGUCACACAGCAAGUCAGAAGCAGAGCUUACAGUUCAGGACCGCAGGCAGCUGGUACACUUCACAGGUUAUUUAGGUGGCUGUAUGAGAAGUUCCGCUAUCCAUUUGCUCCAAUGUAUGGAGGUUUUCCAGUGAAGUUACGCACCUAUUUAGGUGACCCCAUUCCAUACGAUCCAAAGAUCACAGCAGAAGAACUAGCUGAAAAGACGAAGGAUGCUGUUCAAGCUUUGAUCGAUAAGCACCAAAGAAUUCCUGGAAACGUUAUGAGUGCUUUGCUAGAACGUUUUCAUAACAAACAAAAGAUCAACUAGAAGACUCUUUAAUACAUUUAUAUUAAUAUGUUUAUGUCUGUAGGACUGUUUUCAAAAUUUUGUGGGUUCUAUAAUUAGUAGUUUUUUUAAAAAAUCAUGUUAAUAAGCAUCUUUCACUGAACUUGUUUAACAUUGUAUUGUCAAUUUCGUUUCUGCAAUCCAUUGGGUCAGAUUUAAACAAUAACUCAUUACAUGCCUAAUUAUUCAGAAAAUGAUCAUGGUUCUUUUUAUCAUUUCCUAAUAAUGUAUCAUCAACACAGAUUCUUAACGUUAAGUUUAUUCUUAACAGCAAUGGAGGUUAAACCAACACUCCUAAAUAACGCAUCUGGUUUCUGUGUCUCUUGCACUGAGCUAGUUUCGUGAGGUGGCAUAACCUAGGGUUUAGUACAGACACUUCAGUUAGGAAAGAAAACGCUCUUUCCUCGGCCUCUCAUUCCAUUCAUGACCUUGGGCAAAUCACAUAAUGUUUUUAUGCCUCAACAAUUCAAUGUUUAAAAACACGUUAAGACUUUGGUGAGGAGUAUUGUUUUAAAUUCUUUAUAUUUGCUGUGAUUGAUAACUGUAGAACGAAAUUAUAACUGAAUUAAUUAAACAAUACCAAGAUCUUUUAGAAGUUUAUAUAUAUAUUUUGUCCAUAGGAUGUUUAAAUUAUUCCUUCAGGUAUGAUGUCAAGUUGCCAAGGACAAUGAAAAAGAUGUACUGUUUUUCAAAUUGAGUAAAAAAGAAAUUAGGGAAAGUGAAAUUUCUAAUUAUUGUUAUUAUUCUUUCUAGUGUUAUAUUUUUAAUGAGACUCUGUAGACGAGCCGUACAGGGUGUGUUGUGUAUCGUCAGCCCUAUGAUAGGCGUUUAAUAGUGUCAGGUUAGAAAUCACAGUUGUGCCCUGCAUCUCAUAUGUUAGAAGCUGAUUCUAGGCCGAUGAAAGCACAGAGAGAAAGCUCUGCUUUUGCUCAACAUCAUGGCUUAUUCAGCUUGACCUUGCAACCAGUCAGAUGGUUUAUUGUUUCAAUAAAAAUA